CUUUUGCAACUUUCCCAAGUCUGUGCAUGAGAGCGAGAGGAGGAAAACUCAGAGGGAAGUGGUGUGGCUUCAACAGACUUUUUUUUGCCUGUCUUUAUCACAAAGCCUUUUCCCUGGCCCUGCUGAGACCAUUGCUCUAAGAGACCCCAGACUGAGAGAGGACUCCCAGCUGUCCUCGGAGCGGAGGCCGCGUGCUACACAGCCACAGCUGCUCUGAAGCCCCUCCAUGAAUCCCCGGAAGAAGGUGGACCUGAAACUCAUUAUCGUCGGAGCCAUUGGUGUGGGAAAGACCUCCCUCCUUCACCAAUAUGUGCACAAGACAUUUUACGAGGAAUACCAGACCACGCUGGGGGCCAGCAUCCUCUCGAAGAUUAUUAUAUUGGGUGACACAACUUUGAAGCUACAGAUCUGGGACACUGGCGGUCAGGAGCGGUUCCGCUCCAUGGUGUCCACGUUCUACAAAGGUUCCGAUGGCUGUAUCCUAGCGUUUGAUGUCACUGACCUGGAGUCUUUUGAAGCCCUGGAUAUCUGGCGGGGUGACGUUCUGGCCAAGAUUGUCCCCAUGGAGCAGUCCUACCCCAUGGUGUUGCUGGGGAACAAAAUCGAUCUGGCAGACCGCAAGGUACCCCAGGAAGUAGCGCAAGGCUGGUGUAGAGAGAAAGAUAUUCCUUACUUUGAAGUCAGUGCCAAGAACGACAUCAAUGUGGUGCAGGCCUUUGAGAUGCUGGCCAGUCGGGCUCUGACGAGGUACCAGAGCAUCUUAGAGAAUCACCUCACAGAAUCCAUCAAGCUCUCGCCAGAUCCAUCAAGGAGCAGAUGCUGCUGACCCCCGGACGCCUGCCCUGGGUGCCCAGAAACAGAGCCUGCCCCGGGCCUGGUCACCCCCCGCUUGAGGACAGAUGACCAUCCCCCUCCAGGCCCACUGCCUGCCCAAGCACAGCAGAGGGGACCCAGGCUCCAUAGCAGAGCCCUUGACCCCGGUUCUGGGCCCAGAGUCGGAGGGCAGCCCCUGCCUUAGGCUGAGGACAGUGAGAGCAUCCAGAUGAAGCUCAGAAUGUCACAGCCAAACCCUGGCCCUGGGGAAGUCGCAGCUUCCGCAGGGGCUCCAGCUUUCCCGCUGCCCGUCCUCCCCCCACACACUCCCGCUCCAGAACGCACAGCUCCGCGACUGACCGGCCACUGACUAGAGUCUGGUUACAUCCUAUGGACAGACCUUCCUCACCGCCCCCCACCUCACACCCCGUCCACUGCAAGCAGAGCUCUGGACGGCGGCACAGCUCAACCUCCCUCAACCAGCAGGCCAAGGAGUAAAUGGCUGCACCCCACAUGCCGGGUUCGUCUCAGCUCCUCGCAGGAGCUCACGUGCCUGAGACCCACUCUCCUCCCUCCAAGGUAGAGGACUGAUGGAGCACAGGAGAAAUCACGAGGGACCCUGGCUCAUUCCUCCCUGCUGGGUGCUCAGGCAACUCACAUGAACCUCUGAGUCUCCACGUGUUCAUCUGUCCUGUGGGGGUGCUAUGUGCCUUCCCUGUAUCACAGUGUGAUGUGGGGUUUUGAGGACCAGAAGCUGUGCUUAAAUCUAGUUGAUGUUGUCAAUAUGCAUUUAUUUAUUUCUUCCACAAGCAUUUUUGCAUAUCCACUAUGUACAAUGCAUUGAGGUCCAGUGAAAACCAAAAGAGACAGGGACCCUGUUCUCCUGGAGCCAACAUCUGGUAAGUGCUAAGAACAAAGGGAAACAGGGUAAUGGGAUGGAGUGACAGAGGCUGGGAUGAGUUGCUAUUUUAGACGAAGUGGUCCAGGAGGGCUUUCCUGAGGAGGUGGCAUUUGGUCUGAGGGCUAGAGCAUGAGAAGGCAGCUGCCACCUGAGAGCUGGAGAAAGAACAUUCCAGGGAGAGGGAGCGUCAAGGCCCAAGGCCCUGAGGCAAGAACAAACCUGCCAUUUCCCAGGAACAGUGAAAGGACAUCCAUUGACCUAAGACAAAGCUGCUGUCCCAGAAACAAAGCAAAGGGGGGACCUAGCUCUCUUGGGCGGCUCCUUGAUGCUCUGCGGUCUGACCACCAGAGGGCAGCAGUGCUCCUUCUCAUCCCGGCUGAGCAGCCUGGAUGCUCAUCAACACCUGCGAGCUGUGUUUUCGUCCUUCAGAUGCUCAAACCUUGUUCACGGCUUGUGGCACGUUCGGCCCUUUGGGAUUUGUGAGACAAAGAAUUCCAAUUCCUUAAGCCUAGUAAGAAAUGAGCAAAAAUUUCCACAUACAUGACUCAGUCAAGAAAUACUGGAAUGAGAUGUGAGAGAGCUGAUGAAGCCUCCAUCCCUGCAGAUUCUAAGGCUGGAAUCUUUUUCUUCCGGCUCCAGGCAGCACGGACAGGGCCCAUCCUGGAGAGGGUGGACAAGAUGUCUUCUCGGGGUCUUCAAUGGCCAAGUCCAUGCCCACCACAGAAUCUUUCUGUCUACCCAGAAGUAUCCAUCUCUGAGUUCCAAGCAGAGCAGGGGAUGUUCACCUGUGACUGUCAUGUGACUUGGAAGAUACACCUAGGGAUCAGGGGGAGACCCACAGGGGGAUUUGGGAGCCAGUUCUCCCCCCACCUGGCUCUGGAGUGUGAACUGGUUCAUUCUGGACACCAGCAUGGAGCCAGCUCGGGAACGGUGGGAGGGCGGGGCGCCGGCAGCCUAGAGCACAGCUCUAUCUGUGUCCUUCAAGCUCCCGGGGAAAAAUGAUGAGCCCCAUGGGAAUGGCACUUUGCACAUCACAUGGGCUGUCCUGGGAGUCAGGCAGAGUGUGGAUUUUCACGUGCAGUGUGUACCCCGCAGCCUGUGCACUGCAAUGACAAGUGGAGCAUUUCUAAAGGUGCACAACAAAUAAGACGUGGUCUUCUUUGAUUUU